AUGGGCGGAGCCAGUAACGGCACAUCCUCGGCCUCAGAGAACACCAAUAACUAUCCUGAUGGUCAAGCUAUUCCUGGGCCAGAUCCUGCGAUUUUUUCAAGUGGAAAAGUAGCUACUUCUAGUUCACAUCCGGAUUCCACAAGGGUCACCAACACUGGUGCUUCUGCAUCUGCACCUACACCUGCGCCAAUACCAGCACCAGCAUCAGGAGCAGGGGCAGGGUCAGGGUCAGGGUCAGGGUCAGGGUCAGGGUCAGCUGGCAACACACAUAAUCACAAUGCCACUGCGUCAUCCUCAUCCUCAUCCUCUACCCGUCAACAUAACCAUCCCCAUAGCCACCAUCAAACACAGACCUCAAGUAACCAUCAUGGGUCGGGAUCACAUUCAUCCUCUUCAAGGAAGCAUAGAAACAAAGGAGAGAACCAGUCGGCUAAUGCAUCUAGACCUAGCAUGACUGUACCGCCCGCACCAACACCGGCAAUGUACUGGUCAAGGGCUCGAGUUCAUGGACAGAUCCCACCAAAGGAACUUCGUGCGCAAACAGUCAAUCUUGUAGGGGAAUCUGUGUAUAUCUUUGGAGGAUGCGAUACCAAGAAUUGCUUCAACACUUUGUAUAUUUUCGAUGCUGAUACAAUGCACUGGUCCCAACCAAAGACCUAUGGAUCGAUCCCACCACCAUGUCGUGCUCAUUCAUCGACUUUAGUGGAUAAUAAGCGACUAUAUGUCUUUGGGGGUGGAGACGGUCCACAUUAUUUUAACGAGUUGUAUAUGCUGGACACAGGUACGUUCCAUUUGCUCAUUUUUAUUAUUAUUAUUGUUAUUAUUAUCUUUUUCUUUAUAGACACAUUGACUUGGACGAACCCGCAGACGACAGGAGAUAAACCAUGUCGUCGUCGAGCUCAUACAACAUGUGUGUAUAACAACUGUAUUUAUGUCUUUGGUGGAGGAGAUGGAGUGCAAGCACUGAAUGAUAUAUACAAAUUGGAUUUGGCCGAGAUGAGGUGGAGUGAGGUGAAGACAACAGGACAAAUCCCGAUUGCUCGAGGUUACCAUACUAGUAACCUUAUAAAGUCACAGUUCAUUGUAUAUGGAGGAAGCGAUGGUCACGAGUGCUUUGCUGAUGUACAUGUGCUUGAUCUUGACACAAAGGAAUGGGUCAAGGUUGAAAUCAAUCGACAAUUACCUCGGCUAUCGCAUACGUCCACGCAAGUAGGCUCAUAUUUGUUUGUCAUCGGAGGACAUGACGGAAACCGGUACUCUUGCGAUGUCGUGAUGCUCAACUUGGUGACAUGGUCUUGGGAGACUCGCAAGAUUUUCGGGAUUCCACCUGCAGGUCGGGGAUACCAUGCUUCAUUGCUGUAUGACUCUAGGUUAUUUGUGUUUGGUGGCUAUGAUGGUCAAACUGUCUUUGAUGAUAUUUACAUCUUGGACCUCAGUACUUGUGCAUACUUGCCCCAGAUCACGGACUUUCAGGUGAGGUUGCAGAUACCUAGGAAAAAUCUUUUUAAAAAAAAAAAAAAAAAAAAAGUAUAUUUCAAAUCUUUUAACAAAUCGACACCUUUUUUUUUAAAAAAAAAAAAAAAAAAAAAUGAGUUAGAUUUUACUUCGCCGUACUGA